UGGCAGUGCUCUAUUCACUCUUCGCUGUGGGAAACCCGUCGAUCUAAACGAGAGAGAGAGAGAGAGACAGAGGAGAGACGAGCGGCGGCGAAAGGAAGGGCACAGAUGAGCAGCGCAGGCGCGGUGGCGAGCUACUUGGCGCGGCGAUCAGCGCAGAAGGAGCGGGUGAGACUGCUCUACCGUCGAGGGCUCAAGGACGCCCUCAACUGGGCCGUCCACCGUCACCUCUUCUACCAAGGCGCAUCAGACCUAAGAGAAGAAUUUGAAGCCAACAAACAUGUGGAGGAUCUAGACCACAUUGAUAGGCUAAUUGAAGAAGCAGAAGCAAGAUUUGAGAAGUUCCGGCACCCAGACCCAUACAUUGUACCUUGGGCUCCUGGCGGUUCCAAGUUCUGUAGAAAUCCACCUCCAUAUCCAGGGAUUGAGAUUGUGUACAACCACGGCAAGGAGGAUGACUUGCAAUAGAGAUUCAUUCUGAAGAAUAAAAGCUAGAACUGCAAUAUGUUGUUUAUUUCCGAGCUCCGACAUUUACCCCAUGAAUAAAGCAAAAUCAUACUUUUUGAUACCUAUGCGGUUGUAGACCGCAAGUUUAAGUUUGUGGAAGAACUUUGUUUGUUCUUAAUUUUCUGCUACAAUCAUUCUCACUGCGUUUUAGAAUCUAUUUCAGCUGUGACAUGUACAUUGCAUUCUAUGUCGCCGUGCAAUGUGAAGUUAGAGGGAUGAACACUGCUCUACUCCGAUAUUCUUGAAAUGUACAUUGCAUUCCAAUUUCUGGACGUUUAGUGCAAAUGACUUGGUAUA